AAAGCGUGUGAAGUAAUUUAUUGCUAUGCCUUUGGAUGUUGGUGCCCUAGAUGUGGUGAAGCGGCAAUUUGAGGAAGGUGGUAGUCGCUUCCCACAUGUUAUUGGGGUUGUGGAUGGCACACAUGUAGCUAUUCAGCCACCAAGACAUAAUGAAGAAAUUUUUAGAAACAGGAAACUGUUUCAUUCUCUGAAUGUAAUGGUUGUUUGUGGGCCAUCCCUCCAGAUCCUUUCCCUGAAUGCAAAGUUUCCCGGAAACUCCCAUGAUGCGUAUGUCAUUAGACAAUCAGGGAUAUGGCACAGAUUAAGAUCAAGUCAACGAGCAGACAUGUGGUUAUUGGGAGACCGUGGAUAUCCUUGCACCCCCUGGCUCAUGACUCCUUACCGUAAUCCCAGGCCAGGACCACAGACGGCAUUUAACUCCGCGCUUACUGCCACUAGGCAGCUGGUGGAGCGCACAAUUGGGGUCCUUAAAGGCCGGUUUCGUGUGCUCCACCGCACUGGUGGCGACAUCAUGUAUUCGCCGGAGAUGGCAAGUAAACUAGUGGUCCUGUGCGCUAUACUACACAACAUCGCGGUAAGGAGUAGCGUAGAGCUUCCUCAGACAGAGGAAUUGCCUGAUGAGGAGCCAGGGGUUGUCCGACACUUCGGUGGGGGGAGUGUUACACGGAGGGGGAGCCAAGUCAGGGCAAGCAUUGUUGCAGAAUAUUUCAGCUGAAUGAUCACACAAACUGUGGACGACCACAACGGCAAAGACAUCCAGUGAGCACACAUCAGGCAGCUUCUCAGCCCCCUUCCCCUUCUCACUCCCCCUCCCCUUCUCACUCCCCCUCCACUUCACAAUCCCCCUCAGCUUCCCAGUCCCCCUCAGCUUCCCAGUACCCCUCAGCUUCCCAGUCCCCCUCAGCUUCCCAGGCCCCCUCAGCUUCCCAGGCCCCCUCAGCUUCCCAGGCCCACUCCCCUUUCCACUCCCCUUCUCAGCCCACCUCUCCUUCUCUUUCUGUGACCCCUUCUCCUCCUUCCCAGUCCCCUUCUCCUUCUACUUCCAACUCCCCUUCUCAGCCCCCCUCACCCUCUAUUGGCCUAACAUUCUCUCCGCCCCCCUCGCCCUCUCAAUCAGACCCACCCUCAGAAAUUAGAUUCCCAAACCCUCCUCCUUACCCCAUCUCUCCUCCUUCCCCAAACCCUCCUCCUUCACCCAUCCAGCCUCCUUCCCCCAUCCCUCCUCCUUCACCAAUCCCUCCUCCUUCCCCCAUCCAGCUGCCUUCACCACCCACAGAAUGGGCAGAAGAAGCCCCUGAUGGGGUCAGUGGUGACCCUAAUGUUGCUGAGGAAAGUAAGUGUUUUUACAUUUCAGUUCAAAAUAUGACCUACUUACACUUACAAUGUACAAACAUGCACUGUUGUACUGUUUUAAAUCAGCUAGCAAGGUACACAUUUUCAUUAAUUAUUGAUGGUGUUCAUGUUGCAUUGAUAUUUUUUAGAGUAUCAUUAUAUGUAGUGUUUAUGUGUGCAAUGUGUUGUGUGUCCACUCUAGGUCGACACUAAUUAGUUUGACAGGGUUGCCAGGACUACA